AUGGUUCACAGCACUACAUCAAGAUCCUUCCCUCCAGGUAUCCCAGGUAUCCAUGUACCAAGCCUCACGUGGUUCGCCGAUGAUGCUAGUCAAGAGAUUGAUUGGCCUACGCAAAGCAAGCACCUUGAGUUCCUGAUUUCGUCAGGUCUUCAUGGCAUCGUCCUCGCCGGUACCAACGGAGAAGCUGUCACACUUUCGCUCAAGGAGAAGUCUGAUCUGGUCAGCACAACUCGCAGACUUGCCAACGAUCUCGGCCGACCAGAUAUCACAAUCACACUCGGAUGCGGUGGUCAAAGCACAAGAGAUGUUAUUGCAGAGACUAGACUCGCCAAGGAAGCUGGUGCCGACUUUGCGCUUGUGCUCGUACCAAGUUACUUCCACUUUGCUAUGAAUGAGGACGCAAUCGUGGAGUUUUUCCAAGAGCUCGCCGAUGCAUCUCCCAUGCCCGUCUUGAUCUACAACUUCCCCGGGGUCGUCGCUGGCCUCGACAUCAAUUCCGAUAUGCUCUCAAAGCUAGGCGCACAUCCCAACAUCGUCGGUGUCAAGCUCACAUGCGGCGGUAUCGCGAAAGUCGUUCGAGUCCGCGCUCAAUUCUCUCCUUCAGAGUUCUGCGCUCUUGCCGGUCAAAGCGACUGGCUUGUCCCCGCUCUCGCUGUCGGUAGCACUGGCACAAUCACUGGUGUCGCAAACCUAUACCCCAGAUACUGCAUUCAGAUCUACGACUUGUGGAUGCAAGGCAAGACCAAGGAGGCUGAGGCGGCACAACUCGAGCUUGCAAAGAUGGAGUGGGGUUUUGCCAAGGGUGGUAUCAAUGGCACAAAAUGGGUCGUCGCAAAACUCAGGGGAUAUUCGCUCGACGGUUGUCAUUGCAGAAGGCCGUACCCGAAGUUUGUGGAUGCAAAGAAGCAGGCGUGGAUUUUCGAGACGGUAAGCCCACUGCAGGACAACGAGCAGGAACUGGCAUGA